AUGGUAGAGGGCUCCAGCUUGUCUGUUGAGUCUGUGUUAUCUGCCAUUGAUGCGUUGUAUAUGAAUCCAGAUACAUCUAUCAAAGAGCAAGCUUCAAAAUGGCUGUGUGAAUUUCAAAAAUCAGUUUAUGCUUGGCAAAUAUCUGAUCAGUUGCUUUACAUGAAUAGAGAUUUAAAUUCUUGUUACUUUGGAGCUCAAACCAUACGCAAAAAGAUUCAAUGUCACUUUACUGAACUCCCUGUGGAGUCGCACGAAGGACUAAAAAACUCUCUCCUGCAACAUGUCCAAGAACUUAGAGAAAACACUAGCCUACCGAUAGCAAAUCAGUUGUGCUUAGCCGUCGCAGAUUUGUUUUGCCAUAUGGUUCAGUGGAAAGAUGGUAUCAAAGAUAUUGUUUCGAAAUUUUCAGAAACAGACGUCUCCUGUAGCUACUUAAUUGACAUUCUGAAAUUUAUUCCUGAAGAGAUGAACAGCAGUACUCUUCGACUAGGAAUGAAUCGUCGACACGCUCUUAUGAGUCAGUUUGAAGGGAGCAAACAGUUUGUGUUGCAGUUUCUGUCCCACAGAGCAAAAUCUGAACAAAUGGUUAUCUUAGCUAAAGUAUAUAAUUGUCUUGCAAGUUGGUGGGAUAAUACUGGAGUCAUGGUUGAACACGAUGUACCGAUUGACCCUCUCUUAAACACUGCAUUUGCUAUCCUUCGGAAUCCUUCCACUACUCCUGAAUCAACUUUCGAUGCAGCAUCUCAGUGGGUGCUAGCACUUUUAUACCAGUGUAAGCAACUUAGCAACUCAAACAGUGAAUUACUGCGUUGGCUUCAAGAAAAUAUUUACAGUCUAGUUAGUGUUGUGCAGGAAUGUUCCAAUUCUGUCGCGUCUGCGUUAGGAUCAAUUCAACAGCAAGAACAGCUUGAACUGUACAAAGAUCGGUGUACUUGUUUGGCUCACAUUUUCUCGUCAUUAGCCAGAACUUUACGGCCUCCUCUAGUAGAUCAGCCCACUAGCCCUGGAUCUGGUGGUCUUGGAGACUUGCGUACUAUGGAGUGUAUUCUUGUAGUUCUUGAAAUACCUCCGCCUCUCGGUAGUCGUGAAUUGGCAUCUAUUACAUUCCACGCCUUACAUUCGUUGGCUGAUGAUGCAAUUCGACACCGGUCCAUGAGUGCUGCAGUAUCUGUGAAUCAGGGCCCCUUGGAAUCUUCGGUUAACAACUCUAAUACCUCUACUGGCGUGGCACGCCCAAUUGCAGCCUUAAUUCCUUACUUCACUCGCGUUGUGGUUGCGUUAACUAGUUACUGUCCUAGUAAUACAUCCGACUUAGAAAGCACCGAUGAAUUAAGAGAUUUUCGUGAGGAUGUUCAUGAUCUCAUGCAAGAUAUUCUGGGUUUGGUUGGAGCUGAGGCUAUUUUUGUCGAGCUAUACAAUUAUGUACAGAAGCUGCAAAUGUUAGCUAUGUCUGAGAAUGCACAGGCGUCGGCAUAUGAAGUGCUUCGAGAGUCUGAAGCAUGUCUGUUCAUGCUUACAACUGUUGCUAAACGUCUAUCUCCUCGUGAUCCUGAGGGACAUAUUUCGAAUCUUAUAUCAAAAUUAGUACUCCCAGGUCUCACAGGACCAUGCCCUCCUGCUCUUCAAGAAGUCGGUUGUAUGUUGUAUAUGGAGUUGGCUCAUUGGGCUGCCUGCCAUCCUCAGCUCCGGCGUCAAAUCGUUAACCAGCUGAUUGAGAUAAUCGAGAGGUCUGCUGGCGUUGAGUCCCAAUCUUUACAGCCAGGUCAAAAGCUUGCUGUUGGAGCGGCACUUUCAGCUCUUGGUUCUUUAUAUGUUUCUACUCAUUCCCCUUGUAACUCCGAUUCCCUUCGUCUUGCUCUAAUUGACGAACAUUGGCAAGAUUUGGUCAAUCGAGUUGCCUACAAUCUACCAAGACUUGCUUGGGUUCCUAUCCAUGAUGCUACUCAUUUUUUCGCUGGUAUUGGAAGAGGUCUAAUAUGCUCUGUGGGCACAGGUGGUGGGGGAGUUGAAUUCGACCCUCGAGUGUCUAGACAAGCUUUUCCGAUGAGAGUAGCACAAAUAUGUAGCGUCAGCUUGGAAUGUUUAUCUAAGCUGAUGGAUGGUAAUGUCCAUAUCGAAGGUUCAGAUACUCUCAGUGAUCCCCGUGUAUGGCUUGAUUACCUAGCAGCACUGUUUCGUACUUUCAAUUGCCUUUUACGACGUUUGGGAAACCCAAGUUCUAGUCAGUGGGACACAAGGGAACACAACGCUGUUGAUCGUACUACGUCCGAGUUGGUGCUUUCUGCUCAGAAUUGUUUAGCUGAAUGCUUGCAGUUAGUAAGAGAAGUAAUAUGGCCAGUUGUUACCCGCGUACUCACACAUUAUGCCUCGCGCAUGCGUCCAAUGGAGCAUGUUUGUCGUCUCAUACGUUUCAUUGUGCGUUGUUUUUCUGUGCACUUACGAGAUCUUCUCCCGGAGCUUGCUGAAAAAAUUGUACUGUCUUACACAACUGGAGGACAACAUUCAAGUUUUCUCUAUUUAACAAGCGUGCUAGUUGAUGAAUUCGGAGAACAAUUAGAUUGCAGAGUUGGUUUGGUUAACGUGUAUGAGGCAUUGAGUGGUCCAACACUGAAAUCUAUCUCUGGUUCUGGCCUUAUACAACAACCGCAUACUGUGGAAGAUCUAUUUCGGUUAUGCACUCGACUUGUACAACACUGUGCAGCUGUUUUUCUCACCAGUAGCAGGAUCAAUUUGAAUGAACUCUGCGAUACCGCUGUCUCUUCUCUAAAUCUGUGUUGUACCGGCCCUGGUGCUGGUUCGUCUAGUGAUGAUACACCGGAUCCAAACUCAUCUAAUAAUGAUGAAUCGAGUUCAUCGUCAGCUUCUACCAGCGCAUCAGCUGCAGCUGCUCGAUUUUUCAUCGAACUUAUCAUUUUUACGAACGAGGCAUGUGAGGAGACACCAAUGCAGGUUGUACAGAUUUUGGAGUCUGGUAGACAUCUUCCUACUCCCUCUUGCCAGUCAGCUCUUGCUGCUCAAAAUGUUAUUGUGUGGUUAACUUACUCCAGGCCUACGCAGCCUACUGAUCCUAGUAAUAUGAAUAGUUGUUGCGGCGGACAACGGUUAGUUUCAGCAUUAUUGCAAGCAUGUUGUCUUGGAUUAAUGGAUGAAAGGUUUCCCGAGAUGGCGGAUAUUUUAUAUCAUCUUAAGGUCAUGAUUAAUCAAGAAAUGUUUCUUAACUGGCUGAAGAACGCAGUAGCCAAUUUGUCAACUAUGCGUACUGAUGGUUUAGUCCAAGCUACACAAGACCAAAUUACCGAUUUUCAAGAUGUUGUUAUAAAUUCAUCCCGGAGUUCAACGAUCGUACAUGCGCUUGACUCAUUUUCAAGAUUGUUCCGAUGA